AUGUUGACAGUUGACCUCUGUCUUGAAUCCAUCAAUCGUGCGUUUCUUACUAAUAUCCGCCCGCAGCGUCGGUCUCAUAAUCUCCGCCUUUCGCUCUGCCGCGUCGCUUCUCUUUACGUCCGAUCAGAGUAUGGUUCAACAUCAUCGUCAUUGGUUUCUACUCAUUAUAUCCCCUUCAUUGGAUCCUCCCCUCUCCAGCUCCCUCAAUGGACCCUCACCAGCCGCCACAUCCACUUGCUCAAUGUCAUCGCUUGCGUGGCAGUUUCAGCAGCUUGGCUCUUUUUCUCUGCAAUCAAGGGGUCAGCAGAGUCACUAGAGAAGUUGAUGGAUGUCACCAGGGAAGAGUUUCCUGAUACUAUGGCUGCGGUUCGGUUAUCAGGCAUGGAGAUUAGCGACUUAACAAUGGAGCUUAGUGAUUUGGGGCAAGAGAUUACUCAAGGUGUUAGAAGCCCAACUAGAGCCGUUCGCUUAGCUGAGGAGAGAUUGCGUGGGUUAACAGACAUUGCUUCAUCAGCUUCGGUGCAGGUGGUAAGCAAUCAGAAAACUGAGGUAUCAGGGCCAGUGUUGGCUCGAACUGCAAGAAUAAUAAGGGAAGGAAUUGUAAAGUGUCGAGCCAUAUUUCAAAUAUUUUUCACUCUAAGUCGAUUUUCUAGGAUGGCUCUUAACUAUUUUGCCACUCAAGGUAAGCGGUAGAGCCAUGGAGUCAAGCUUUGAGGUGAGCGAGUUUAGAUCUGUCUGUCCGAAUUUUGUUAUCCUCUGUUGGUCUAUCUGAGUCAGGAUGCUUUGCUUUCUGUUUUUCUGCUGAUUGCAGUUAAAGCAUCAUUGUUUUGCUAAAAGAUGUGUUGUACGUCAUGAGAAAAUUUUCAUUUAGGCCAGUUGACCUGCUAUCCUCUUGGUCGACAGACA